AUGACGAUGAUGUCUGAUCUUUCGAAGAGUUUGGUAGAGGAGAUACUCUCUAAGGUUCCUAUAUCAUCUCUAAGAGCUGUGAAAUCUACUUGCAAACAAUGGAACGUUUUAUCCAAAGAUCCGAACUUUACAAAGAAGCAAUGUGCUAAAGCAGCUAAUGAUUUUAUGGUAAUCAUGCUUAAUGAUUUUAAGGUCUGUCUUAUGAGUGUUGAUCUCUAUGGAGUACAUAACGACAACAAAGACUUGGUUGAUCCUUGUAUAAAGCGAAUUGGUGAACUUAAUCAAGUCAAGAUAUUUAACGUCUUCUGUUGUGAUGGCUUAUUGUUAUGUCUCACGAAGGAGAAGGAGGUCAAUACUACUACUAGCCUCGUGGUUUGGAACCCGUAUUCGAGCCAAACCAGUUGGAUCAAACCAAGAAUCACUUACGGUAGAUCAGAUAUGUUUGGUAUUGGAUACGACAAGAACAACAACCACCACAAAAUUUUGAGGCUUUUCUUAGAGUUUGGCAAUUAUAAGGUAGAGUAUGAAAUCUAUGAUUUUAAGUCUAAUACAUGGAGGGUUCUUGACAUCUCAUCUACAAUAGUGUUUUACAAAAGAGGCGUGUCAGUGAAAGGCAACACUUACUUUAUUUAUCAAGAAACAAUCAAAGUUGAAGAAGUGGGUAAAGAAUGUGUUUUACUCUGUUUUGACUUUACUAAAGAGAGAUUUGGACCUGCUCUGCAUCUUCCGGUUCGUUGUGAUGUUAGAUACGAUGACAUUGUUCUGUCUUCAGUUAGAGAAGAGAAGCUUGCAGUGUUGUUUCAGCGUCUAGAUACAUGUAAGAUGGAGAUAUGGAUUACAACUAAGAUUGAGCCUAAUGUGGUGUCAUGGAACAAGUUCUUAGACGUUAAUACGGAUACAAUCACUGGUCUUAAGUUUAUGGUUGAACCAAAGAGUUUCUUUGUCGAGGAGGAGAAGAAAGUGGCAGUGAUUUGUGAUAUAGACAGACUUGAACCGACCAAGAAGGGACUUUACAAAACAGCUUGCGUCAUUGGGGAAGAUGGAUACUUGAAAGAAGUGGAUCUUGGAGAAGCUGUUAAUGCUAAAGAAUCUCCAUAUAGCUGCCCACUAGUGUGCUCUUGUUAUGUUCCAAGAUGGUUUUUUGAACAAGAGUAA